CAUCACCCCAAAACCCACUACUUUACUCUCUCACGAAGCUCUACUUAUUACUCUCUCACAAAGCACAAAAAAAAAUGGCGGAAGAGUUCAACAAGAGCAGCACCGUGCACGACAACGUGGAAGCCAAGGACCGCGGGCUGUUCGAUUUCGCGAAGAAGAAGGACGACGAGAAGGAAGCCGGUGUGAUGUCGGCCGAGUUCGAGGAGAAGGUCCACGUUUCCGAGCCUGUUAAAGAGGAAGAGAAGAAGGAAGAAAGCGGUAGCUUGCUCUCCAAGCUUCACCGAUCCGGCAGCAGCUCCUCCAGCUCCUCGAGCGAGGAGGAGGUAGAGGAAGAGGGGAAGAAGAUCAGGAGGAAGAAGGACAAGAAGAAGAAGAAGGGAGAGGACACGUCGGUGCCCGUGGAGAAGUGCGACGACGUCGUUCCGGAGGAGAAGAAGGGGUUCAUGGAAAAGAUCAAGGACAAGUUACCCGGCAAGAAGAGUACGGCUGAGGAAACCCCUGUCGUUGCCGUGGCGCCUGCACAUCCGCCGCCGGCGGCGGUGGCUGCGACGGAGCCGGAGGAGAAGAAGGGGUUCCUGGAGAAGAUCAAGGAGAAGCUGCCUGGCUACCACGCCAAGGGAAGCGAGGCCGAGGAGAACAAGGAGAAAGAGAGUCACUAAAAAAAAUUUGUAAAAAAAAAACAGAGAGAAGAAUUUAUGGGUUUUUAAUUUACAAGUUGUUUUUUUGCUGUAAUUUGUGUCCAUGAUGCAUAGUUGUGUGCAACUGUGUAAUCGUGUGCCUUUCGGGUUUUUUUUUCCAUUUCGAUUUGGACAUGUUUGUCUGUUGCUAUUUUCUCCUUGUUUUAUAAAAUAUAUGAGCACUAGUGCUUGAUUGUGCUUGUAUGUAUGUAAGUUUGGUUGGUUGAUAUUAUCACAAGAAUGCGUUUCGCAUCUCUUAUCACUCUAUAUGCCAUCUCUAUUACUCGCUAAACCAAGUGAAAUCG